UAAAGCACUCCUCUCUCUCUCUCUCUCUCUCUCUCUCUCUCUCCUUGUUCUUGUUCUUCUUUUUUUUUUAUCCUUUGCCAAAACAAACAAAAAUGUCCAAUCUGCAUCUCCAUUCCUGUACACUCUCACAGUUUCAAGAUCCAACUUGUGUAUAGAUAGAGGCUGAGAGAAAGAGAGGUCAGGCUUGUUUUUGUUGGAGGAAGUGCUUGAUAAGUUUAAGAUCUGAGAAAGAAAUGGGAAGCAAAUGGAGAAAGGCAAAAUUAGCUCUUGGCCUGAACAUGUGUCUUUAUGUCCCUCCGACUGAUGCUGAACAACGUGAUUCUUCCUCCCCACCUUCUCCUGCUAGACUAUUCUCCCGCUCCUCUCACGGGCCUACUACUCCUACCCCAUCUUCUUCCGGCCUCCGCUUGUCCACAUCCCCCGAGAGCAACAAUAAGAGGACCUGUGCAAUAUGCCUGACUGCCAUGAAAACGGGGCAGGGCCAAGCCAUUUUUAUGGCAGAAUGCUCCCACUCCUUCCACUUCCAUUGCAUUGCCUCUAAUGUGAAGCAUGGGAACAAGAUUUGUCCAGUUUGCCGAGCAAAGUGGAAAGAAAUCCCCUUUCAAAGAUCUGUUUCUGAUGUUACUCAUGGAAAGCCAAGAAUGAGCGCGCUAGGUUGGCCCCAAGAUGAUGCUUGGAUGACUGUUCUAAGACGGCUUCCUCCAGCUCGAACGGAUGCAAACAGGCAUAUUUCAUCACAUUAUCAAGCCAUUGAACCAGCUAUCUUUGAUGAUGAUGAAGACUUGGAUCCUCAACACGAGACUGCUGAGGGAAACACAUCCACUAAAGAUGCUGGUGAUGUUAAUUCUGUGAGAACUGUAGAGGUUUUCACAUAUACAGAAGUUUCAGCAGUUCCAAAAUCAGUCUCUUAUGAUAAUUUCACCAUACUAAUCCAUCUCAAGGCCCCUCUUACAAGUGGAAGACAGAAUAGGAACUGGAAUCAUGCUGAAUCACCACAAUCAUCUCAAGAUUCUCGCGCUCCGGUUGAUCUCGUUACCGUGCUUGAUGUUAGUGGCAGCAUGUCUGGUACAAAGCUUGCUUUGCUAAAACGAGCUAUGGGGUUUGUGAUCCAGAAUCUGGGUCCAUCUGACCGACUGUCUGUUAUUGCCUUCUCAUCCACAGCCCGACGCCACUUUCCUCUUCGUCGCAUGACAGAGACCGGAAAGCUCGAGGCCUUACAGGCUAUUAAUUCUCUGGUUUCUAGUGGUGGGACAAACAUUGCUGAAGGUUUAAGGAAAGGUUUCAAGGUGAUGGUUGAUCGCAAAUGGAAGAAUCCAGUUUGUAGCAUCAUACUAUUAUCUGAUGGGCAGGAUACAUAUACUAUCUCUGGUACUAGCGCGACCCGUCCUCAAGCAGAUUACAAAUCUCUUCUCCCAACAUCAAUUCACCAGAAUGGUAGUGCGGGGCUCUGUAUUCCUGUGCAUGCAUUUGGGUUUGGUUCAGACCAUGAUGCUGCAUCAAUGCAUUCAAUUUCUGAGAUUUCAGGUGGCACAUUUUCAUUCAUAGAAGCCGAAGGUGUGAUUCAGGAUGCAUUUGCACAGUGCAUAGGAGGGCUAUUGAGUGUAGUGGUGCAAGAGCUACAGGUCAAAGUUGAGUGUCUUCAUCCAAGAUUGGAAAUUGGUUCAAUUCAAGCAGGUAGUUACAAAAGCAGCAUCAUGACCAAUGCAAUUAUGGGCUUUGUUGAUGUUGGAGACUUGUAUGCUGAAGAAGAAAGGGAUUUCUUGGUAACAGUCAAUAUUCCAGUUGAUGGUACCAGUGAUGAGAUGUCAUUGCUAAAGGUCAGUUGUACUUACAGAGAUCCUAUGACAAAAGGUAUGAUGACUCUUGAGGAAGCUAGCCAAGUAAAGAUCCAAAGGCCUGAAAUAACUGGAACACGAGUGGUGUCGAUGGAAGUAGAUAAGCAACGAAACAGACUCCGUGCAGCAGAGGCAAUGGCUGAGGCUAGAGCUGCAGCUGAAAAUGGUGAUCUAGCUCGUGCGGUCUCUGUCCUGGAGAGCUGUGGCAAAGCAUUGUCAGAAACUGCAUCUACUCGGGCAGGUGACAGACUGUGUAUUGCACUGUGCGAGGAGUUGAAGGAGAUGCAAGAACGGAUGGCAAGCCGGCAGGUAUAUGAAACAUCUGGAAGGGCUUACAUUCUAUCAGGUUUGAGCUCACACUCAUGGCAAAGAGCAACUGCGCGAGGUGAUUCCACUGAUAGUACAAACCUCAUGCAAGCUUACCAGACGCCAUCAAUGGCAGACAUGGUAACCCAGUCUCAGACCAUGGUAUUUGGUACCCCAUCUUCUCAACGGAAACUUAGGCAAACUAUGUCAUUUCCAGCUGCCAGACCACGGCCAAGGUAGUUUUUGGUGGUGUCCAGAAAUUCUCCUCACGUAUAAUUCCAUAUCCAUGAACCUUUUUUGUUCAUUUAAAAUUUUGUUUUUCCUCUUCAUGUCAGUUUGUAUCAAGGUUAGAUUGGAAAGGAAAGGGGGUGGGGGGUUUGGUAUUUUGACAAUUGUGGGUGUAUUUUCCUGUCUUGCUAUGUAAAUGAAUAAGAAAAAAUGGGGGGUGUUUCUCUGAGAGAUAAAACAGUGAAAAGAAAGGUGGUGGGGGUCAGGUUCUUACUCAUGCGCAUCAUGGAUGAUGAUGUACAUAAGGAGAUUUGAUGUUUUAUUUAGUAUAGCCCGCCCUGUAAACUGUGGGGAUACUCGGGGGGUGAAUUCUUCUCUUAAAUAUAUGAUAUGAUUUAUAUAUAUUGCCCUCGAUUCUUUUCA